ACAACAAAAGAAGUCGCAGUUGAGGGAGAGAGGAGGAAACGGGACUGAAAAGAGAAAUAGACGAUCGGCCUCACUGUGACUGCCCGUAAAAUACUCCUUUAAAAAAAAAAAAAAGUUAUUUCUUCUGCGAAGAAACUUCAAGUUUUGUCUUUUUUUCUAUUUUUCGAAAAACGAAUACCUCCGUUUUAAGGAUUUUGGUCGUUUACAUCUCCUGCUGCUCCGUCUGCCGCAGGGCUCUUUCUUUACUUUUUGCACUCGACGUUGAGCAAUGUCCAGCAUGUCUGUGCUGAACCUCAGAUGAUCCAUGACCACACCCUGUUGAAGCACUUUAGCACCUUUCUGGAGCCUCUACCUGCUGUGAACCCUGCAGCUGAUGACCAAAAAGACCGCUCCCUCUCCCCGCCGUCGCCCAGAGCUACGCUCCGCCCUCAGCCUCACUCGCCUUCAGGACGUCCCGGCAUGUUCCAGAGGUUCGCCAGCACUCUGUUUGGAGACACAGAUGAUGCGCUGAGUCGACGCAGCCAAUCCGGAGACAGCAAAGAGGAAGAGGAGGAAGACUGGAUCCUAGUGAACUAUCUGACCGAAGCGUGCUCUGGCCGUUGUGGCGACGGCCUCUCCGGCUCCACUGUCGGCCCUCAUGAAGAUGAAGACGAGGAAGAGGAGGACCUGGUGAUGAUCCCCUCUCCGAUGGCCAGCCCCGCUAUCCGCUACCCGUCCUGCACCUCCCUCAACUCCACGGCCGACACCGACCUGGACGGCGGCGCAGAGGAUGAGGAAGACGAGGAGGAGGAGGGCGGUUUCCUGCGCGUGGACGCCCGCUCCCUGGAGGAGAGCUGGUUCGUCACCCCUCCGCCCUGCUUCACCGGCCACGGCGGCCAGCCGGUCCUCCUGGAGACCAGCCCUCUGGAGAACCUGCUAAUCGAACACCCCAGCAUGUCCGUCUACGCCCACCGCAGCCCCCAGCGGCUCGACCCAGACAUGGACUUCCUGUCCGGCAGUGCGUCUGCAAACCAAUCAGCUGCGGGUGGAAAAGAGAAGACAAGGCCCAUACUGGACGGACCUCGUCACAGACCCGAGGCUGCGGUGGUUCAGCGCCGCUCCAGCCUGCACUCCACCUGCUACGCCGCGACGCUCUCCGCCCACGCCGGAGUUCUGCAGCAGCGGCCGGGGAACGUCGCCCAACGCACCCAGGUGCUGUCACGUAAGGCCCUGCGACGCCUCAACCUGCUGCGCGCCGCCAAGGGCAGCACGCUCCACCUCCACCUGCACCAGCCCACCCAGAGGCACCUCAACUUCUGAGGGGACCUCGGGUCGCCCCCCCAGAACCCUCAUAACAGAUCUCGAUAUGAACCGGCCAAUCACAAACUCCAAUUACUUCACGCUCUUUAAAACAAGCACCAGCAAGUAGGCGGUGACCUCGCCGUGACCCUUUGGAUCCGUUUGGAUCCAAUCCUACAGGAAAAAGGAAAUAUGGCCGACCGUUUUAUUUGUUUAUUAGGUCCUUUGGCCAGUAAAGACUUCCCCUCCUUCGCCUCUCAACCUCCACUUUAUCCUUUCUGCUGAAAAGGAGGGAUGUUGAAAAAGAUCAUCAUGUAUAACCCCCCCCCCCUUUACCAAACUGUCCUGUUUCUGAUUUAUAUCCAAUCU